UAAAAAUUACGACGGUAAGCCCAUAAAACGUAAAAGCUUAGGCUUGGUCAUCUUCCAAGCAAGACCUCUUUGGUAUUGUUUAGGAUUAUUUGCAGAGAGGAUGGUUUUUCUGUUUGCUCUCACAGAGGCUUCAGGUUUAAUCCGAUUGGCUCAUCAUCAUCCGUCACACCGGAGGAUUCAGAGGUUCGGAUCCAAGUUUCCUCGGGAUUCGAGUCUGAAUGGGAGAGUUAGCUAUAAUAAGCCUACUGUGGGUGGUGGGUAUCCAACGAUGUCGUCCGUAGGUUUCGCACGCCAAAGUCCUCCGAGCUUCCAUGAUGAGCUAGAAGAGCCCCCACUAUGGUUGAGCCUUGUUAGGGACAUUGUCGGGAGCACGAGAUCUGUCUUCUCCUUUAUGGCUGAGCAGCCGAGCCAGCUUAAAUUCAUAGAGUGGCCUAGUUUUACAACCACGCUCAAGACUGCCACACUUAGUCUCUUUCUUGUAGCUGUCUUCAUUGUUGCGCUAUCCUCCGUGGACUCUGCUCUUUGUUACGUUUUGGCUCUCAUCUUGAGGAAAUCCCUAUGAAUGACACUUAUGUGUGAGAGAGAGAGAGAGUGUCAGGAAGGCAAAUUCCAUUCUCAUGUUGUAACCUGCAACAAAAGGUUAAUGCUGUCUGUCAUUGUUUAGAACGAAGUAUUAACUACUCCUCUCUUAAUCAAAAUCUCUGCAUCUCAAUUUCAUUAUGAGAUUUGGCAACUAUCUUUCAUCUUUGAUUGUGUCUUUUGUACCAGAAGAAAGCAGAAAGAGCAUUAGUCAAAAGGAAUAAAUAAUUCUGUUUUCUUUC